AGGACGAGGCAGGGAGGUGUGUGGCUCUGCUGCUGCUGCAGAAAAUCCACUCCAGACAGAUGCAUUUCCUCUGCUGCAGCACGGCCAGGAGGCUGCUCUGAAACUUCCAGCCCUCAGCAUUUUCUUCCUCUUCCACACGGACUCUUCAUCAGAGAGGAGGAAGCUCUCCAGACCUUCACCAGAUCGUCCUUUUGUUCUCUCCAAAACUCGUCCCUUUCAUGUCCUCAGAGACUUCUUAAGGACCUCAAAGUCUGGUGGCUCGAGACAGCUGAAGCUCUGCAUCUGCAGGUCAGAUGUUAGUUAUCGUGAGUCCAAAGUUAUUUUUACAGCUAGUUUGAGGUUCAGGAGUUUUCCUGGAGUGUGUCUGGUCUGUUUCGUCCCAGUCGGCAUUGUGCUUUCACUGGAGAAAUGAGGACUGAGGUGCUGCUCAUCUGGGUCGGUCUGAGCCUGUGCUGCGCCCUGGUCUGUGCCAGAGAAGAUAUAAAGGAGGACAAACUCUCCAAAGACCGGGUUCAGGUGAGACAAACCCGAGGACUGGUCAAACACAGGAGGCAGGAGGAGGAAGGAGAUGUUGAAAUGUCAGACGAGCCUGCUGAAGUGGUGGAAGAGGAGAAGACAAAGCCAAAGAAGAAGAAAACACCUGAGGAAAUAGAGGCAGCCAGAGCAAAGAAAGCAGCAGAGAAGGAAGCCAAGGCAAAGAAGCAGAAGGCCCCUAAGCCCACCAAAAAGCCAAAAGCCCCAAAACCCACCAAGAAACCCAAACCACCAAAACCCACAAAGAAGCCAAAGGCGCCCAAACCCACCAAGAAACCAAAGACGACAACCACAGCACAACCAGAGACCAAGCAUCCGUCUGUGGACGAGGAGGAGGAGAAACUGCUGAUUGAACUGGGCUGGGACACGUUGAUUCGACCUGUGACCCCAGAGGGGCCAGGAAGGGAGGAGCCUGUUGAGCCAGACCUGGAUAAGGUGCCUGCUGGAUUCCCUGAUAAGAAAGAAGCCACAACUACUGAGGUCAUCAUGUAUAUACCAGAGGAAACAACCACUGUUCCAUAUGUUGGUCCCUGGUAUGAAGAAUAUGAUUACGCUGACCUGGCCGCUAAGAAACAAGAAGAGGAGGAGGAGAGGGUUCGAAAGGAAAAGGCAGAAAAAGCCGAGCGGCUGAGGAAGAAGUGGGAGGAGGAGGAAGAGGAGAGGCUGAGGCAGAUUUCGGUGCCUGCUGAGCCAAAAAAGUGUCCUCCUCUGGGUUUGGAGUCCCAUCGGGUGGAGGACGACCAGCUGCUGGCUUCCUCUCAGUCUCACCAUGGCUUCACCGCUCAGAGGGGCCGACUCAACAUGCAGGGUUCCGACAACGAGGACGAUCUGUACGGCGGAGCGUGGUGCGCGGAGCCGGAGGAGAGCAACAACUGGUUCGAGGUCGAUGCCCGAAGAGAGGUGGAGUUCACCGGGGUCAUCACUCAGGGAAGGAACUCAGAGCAACAUGAGGAUUUCGUGUCGUCCUACUAUGUGGCCUUCAGUAACGACAGUCGUGACUGGACUGUGCUUCACGAUGGCUACGCUGAAUGGUUGUUCUAUGGGAACGUGGAUAAGGACACGCCGGUGAUGAGUCAGUUUUCUACACCUGUGGUGGCUCGUUACAUCCGCAUCCUGCCGCAGAGCUGGAACGGCAGCCUGUGCCUCAGAGCCGAGAUCCUGGCCUGUCAGCUCCCCAGCAGUUAUCGCAGUGAGAAUGAAGUGAACCCAUCAGACGACCUGGACUUCAGACACCACAACUACAAGGAGAUGAGACAGAUGAUGAAGAUGAUAAACGAAGAAUGUCCCAACAUCACCAGGAUUUACAACAUUGGUAAAAGCUCUCAGGGCCUGAAGAUGUACGCCAUGGAGAUCUCUGACAACCCAGGGGAGCACGAGACAGGAGAACCAGAGUUUCGUUACACAGCCGGUCUCCACGGUAACGAGGCGCUGGGCCGAGAGCUUCUCCUCCUGCUGAUGCAGUUUCUGUGCAAAGAGUACAAUGAUGAAAACCCCAGAGUGCGCCGCCUGGUGGACGGCGUGAGAAUACACCUGGUGCCCUCACUCAACCCUGAUGCUUACGAGCUGGCCUACGAGAUGGGCUCAGAGAUGGGGAACUGGGCACUGGGCCACUGGACCGAAGAAGGCUACGACAUUUUCCAGAAUUUCCCAGACCUCAACAGCAUCCUGUGGGGCGCAGAGGAGAGAGGCUGGGUCCCCCGGAUAGUCCCCAAUCAUCACAUUCCCCUCCCAGAAAACUUCCUCAAUGGUUCUGUUGCUGUUGAGACCAAAGCCAUCAUUUCCUGGAUGCAACGCAACCCGUUUGUGCUGGGAGCUAAUUUACAAGGAGGAGAAAAACUGGUCGCGUACCCUUUUGACAUGCAGCGGCCUCAGAUUUCUUUAAUUGACAGCCGACGCUGGAGGACUAACGCUGAGAUGAACGAGGAGACGUGGGCCCGAAUCCAGCGGCAGAACGAGGGAGCUCUGAGGGAGACGGCAGACGACGCCAUGUUUCGAUGGUUGGCAAUGUCGUACGCCCACAGCCACCUGACCAUGACCGAGACGUACCGCGGCUCCUGCCACGGUGACGACGUCACAGCGGGACAGGGCAUCAUCAACAGGGCCAGCUGGAAGCCGGUGGUGGGCAGCAUGAAUGACUUCAGCUACCUUCACACCAACUGCUUCGAGCUCUCCAUGUUCUUGGGCUGUGACAAGUUUCCUCAUGAGAGUGAACUUCCUCUUGAGUGGGAGAACAACCGCGAGGCUCUGCUGUCCUUCAUCGAACAGGUAAAUCGAGGGAUAAAGGGUGUGGUGAGAGAUGUGGAGGGAAAUCCACUGGCUAACGCCACCAUAUCUGUGGAGGGAAUACGGCAUGAUGUCAGGACCGCGGUGGGUGGUGAUUACUGGAGGCUGCUGAAUCCUGGAGAGUACAGGGUAACCGCCAAAGCUGAUGGCUACACCCCUCAGACCAGACUCUGCAUGGUGGGCUACGACUCCGGAGCCACUCCGUGCAGCUUCACCUUAGCGAAAUCCAACUGGGACCGCAUCAAACAAAUCAUGGCUCUGAACGGGAACAGGCCCAUUCGACUGGUCCCCAAAGUAAAUGUGGUGAAAACGACGGCAGCCAGCUCCGUUCGGGUCGACGGCACCGUCGCACGGACAGAAACUCAGUCCAGCUCUCAGAAAUCCGAGCGACAAAGGCGGCUUCAGAUCAUACGUUCACGCAGGAUAGAGAUGAUGAAAUUAGCCAGACGUCGAGCCGCUUCUACAACGACCACGACGACGACCACGACAACGACCACAACAACACCCACAACAACAACAACACCUGAAACCGAGAGAACAACCGCCUGGUACGACUCCUGGUUUCCCGUGGACAGCUGGUCGACCGAGAACCCGUUCGAUGGCGCCAUCUUUGACUCAGUGCCCACACAGGACUAUCCUUUUGAAUAUACUAUAGAUUGAUCACUGCACUGUAUGAGCCCACAUGUAUGUUACACAGAGAUCUUACUAACCACAGCUUUAAAAACACAAAGUACACAGGUUGUUGAUUCUUUAGUUUUUGGAAAGUUUUCACCUCUUGGCUUCACAUGUGAGACAAACCUGAUUUUCACCGCAGGUUUUUUUUUAAAUGUUUAAAUUCUAAUUGAUCUGGAGUGGAAAGCCUCUGCUGAGCAGAGAGUACAGAGCACAGCUUUAAUUAGGUUCCUGUUCACAGUGUGUCACCAUACAAACCGGAUGUUUCCGUACUUCUCCUUAAGAAAUCUAUGUACAUCUCUAAGUUCCUUUAAUAGCUCUACAGUGUGAUGCUGUCCUCAGUUAAACUGAUUUAAUGUACUGCUGA